GCGCUGUCAGGUGUCAGUGUCAGUUGGUUCGCCACGGCGACUUGGUGCGCCGUUGAUGUGUAACUAACUACACCUCGCUAACAUUUUUGGAUUUAUACUUCAUUGGUGGAUCAUUUAAUUCAAAUUAUAAUCACGAAAAAAAAAAAACGUUCUUAACAACAGUCGUACUAAGUGGUUCUUUAUAAAGAAAAAGAAGAAAAAAAAACCGUUGCCGGACCUGCCGGCCGGCAGUACACUAAUUGUGUGAUACACAAAAAAAAAAUUUUGGACGAGUGCAUGUAUCAAUUUACGUGACACAUUCGCGUCUCUAACAGUGAACGCGACAGUGCAGUUUUUCAUUUUAUUCUAAUUUUUACGUUUUUUGAACUAACGUGCAAGAGUGGCACGUGUGCUACUAUUAAAUAAUCACUUUUUUUUUUUGGAGGACGAAUUCAAAAUCGCCCAUCUGCUUUAUCGACCAGUGACACAACUUUCCCACGAGUUUCAUAGUGAACACUUCCUAAAAGGAGAAACGUGCGAUAACUAUUUUAUCACAAAGUUCGGCGAGGAAUACCAAGCCGCUAUGGAGUCUCACUGCCAAGCGAAUGGCAGCAUUAGAAACAUCUCGGACGAGGACGGCAACUACGACUAUCCGGAUGAUGUAAAUAGUGAUGAUAUUGAGGACAAUGAGAGCAGUCUUAAUAAUAACAAUAACAACAACAAUAACAACAACAAUAAGACGAAUCAAAAGAAUAAUAGCGAGUGCGCUGACCCACAGCAGAGGCUCGCUGUCCUGAGCUUUGAGCAGGUUCGUCGGCUAAAUGAUGUGAUGAAUGAGGUCGUGUGUAUUCACGGAAGGGGGAAUUUCCCGACCCUGGAGGUGCGUUUACGUGAUCUCGUGACUGUUGUACGUAGCAAAUUGGAGGAGAAUCCAAGUAACGGUGGAGCGGGUAUGAAGGUGCGCGACAUCCGGUUGAAUGGCGGAGCAGCCUCGCACGUCCUCGCGACCGAAUCGCAGCCCUACAACGAUUUAGAUCUCAUCUUCGCGGUAGAGCUGUCGAGCGGCCGUAAUUACGAUAAAGUCAAGACGGCAGUGCUUUGUUCCUUGUUCGACCUGUUGCCGGAAGGCGUUAGCCGAAAACGCAUCACUACCUGCAGUUUAAAGGAAGCCUAUGUCAGUAAAAUGGUCAAGGUUAAUAAUGAAGGUGAUCGAUGGUCACUUAUUUCUCUUGGCAAUAAUCGAGGUCAUCGAAAUGUUGAACUCAAAUUUGUUGACUCGAUGAGACGGCAAUUUGAAUUCUCCGUUGAUUCUUUUCAAAUUGUUCUUGAUUCCCUGCUUCUAUUUUACGAGUGCAGCAGGCUACCAAUUGGAGAGAAUUUUUAUCCAACUGUAGUCGGCGAAUCCGUCUAUGGUGACUUCCAAGAGGCCCUCUAUCAUUUGCACAAGAAGCUCAUUUCCACCAGGCAUCCAGAGGAAAUUCGAGGUGGCGGCCUCCUCAAGUACUGCAAUCUCCUCGUUAAGAUGUAUAAACCCUCCCAGCCGGACUAUAUCAAGACCCUUGAACGGUACAUGUGUUCCCGGUUCUUCAUAGACUUUCCCGACAUUAGCCAGCAAAAGGCAAAACUCGAAAACUACCUUUGGAAUCACUUUGUUGGACCUGAGGAGGAGGCUCUUAAGUACCAGUAUUUGAUGUUGCUGCACAAUGUUGUUGAGGAGUCAACCGUUUGCCUCAUGGGACAUGAACGACGACAAACACUCGCUCUAAUUGAGAAUCUUGCUUAUCAAGUACUCUGUGAGGAACAACAACGGCUCUCCAGUCAACAACCAACCACAGGACCUCCUGCCUAUGUCUACGCUAAUGGAUACUAUUACACACCAGUGAUACCCACUGCGUGUUACACUUGCACCUGUAAUUCGUGGAUGGCCUGCUCGUCGUGAUCCCAAGUUCUCUUGAGUGAAGCGUGAAGAUUCAGCAGACAAAGCGGGCAAAGGUGAUCAUCGAAAUCAGUUGACUCUCGUGACGACUCAUCUCAACACACUUUAUAAUUAUUAUAAUUAUUAUUAUUAUUAUUACUAUUAUUAUUAUCAUCUCUAGCUACACCUACUAGUUUCUCGUAGUUAACGAAAACAGCGAUAGAAACGGGACCGUAUUUUAACAACUGCGUAAAUUUUUUAGUGGUUCUCGGUUGUGAUGACGAACGACCCUUUUUGAAAGAUGUAUUUAUCAUAUUAAAUCAAUCAGUGCUGUGUGCAGUCCCAAGUGUCGUGUCAAAGUCAACGUAUUGCGUUCUUAGGCCCUGUGGAAGCAGAUUAUUUCCUCAAUUUGGUAUGUUUGCUCUUUCUGAGCUCGGGACGUUCUUUUCUUUCUUAAAAAAAAACCAGCCAUCUUCUUACAACUAAAUUUUUAAUUUGCCUCAAUUUUUAUCGAUUGUACACAAAAAAAAAAUUUCGUCUAAUCCAAAGUUAGAAUUGUCUCAUUGGCUUUUUUUAGUAAACGUAAUAUUUCUUCAAUUCAUGUCAAUUGAUUUUAUUUCUAUCAAGAAUUACUUUUUAUUCGUUAAAGUAAAUCAUAAAAAUAAUUAAUUAAUGGAAAAAUAUUUUUCCAAAUAUUAAAAAAUACAAAAAAUUUGUCUGUUUUAAUCAACAUUGUAUAAAAUUAAAAUGAAAACAAAAAUAAACCAAUGAAACAUUAAUAAACCUUCGACUUCUUCGGUUCAAUGAUAGAUCCAAUUAUUGAGAAUAUACAUUCAUCGUUUUAAAAAAAAAACACAUCAUGAAAAUUCGAGUCUGUUAAUGAAUAACUGUUUCCACAAUUAUGGAACGUCUAUUUUAUAUACUCAUGGUCAAGGAAGAUAAGAUAAUUGUAAUUGUUGGCAGAAUAUAAUAAAUUUUGAUAAUUGUCCCGGUUCGCUGUUAAAAUACUCGUUCUGAUUUCGAGACACUAGACACUUUUUUUUGGAGAAGAGGCGUUUUCUAUACAUAUACAUAAAUAAAAAAAAAAAAUAUAUAUAUAUAUACAUAGAUAUUUAAAGAAAAUUCUACAUACAAAUAUACAUGCAUAUUAUUCUAUAAAUGAAUUAUUAAUUAAUGUGUGGCUGUGAUCACAUUUCAUUUAGUUUCUACGUUGUAAGAUCGUUGGCAUAAAAGUGGGAAAAAAAUAAAAAAAAAAAAAUAAAUAUAUUAUAUAUUAUAUUAAUAUGUGAGAUACCAAAUCGACGUCUCGAGCUCGAAUUACAACAGUUUCAUUAACACAGCCUGAAAAUUCGUAGGCGACAAAAAAAUCAGCCAUAUAAAGUUUCACGAAUACUUUUAUUUAUUUUUUAAAAAAAAAUCCUGGUCCAUUGAUAAGGAUACUUUUUAAAUUCAAUUUUUUAACUGGCAUUUUUCUAUUCUAUAAAAAGAUAGUUAAUCUUGAUAAACUAAUUUCAAACAGAAAAAAUGUAAAUAUUACCAUUUUGAGAAAAUAUCUUCUUGAAAUUAGAAGAAAAAUUAAUUACCUUUUUUGUAAGCUUUGUAAAUAAACUGUUACAGUAAAAAAUAUAAUUAUUUAAUAAAUUUAGAAAAUAAAAAAAGGAAUUAUUCCUUUUUAAUUGGAUGCGAUGUUUUUUUUUCUACAAAUAUAUAAACUAAAUCCCAUAAAUUUAAGAAAAGAUUUAUUUAUAAAAACUAACCAUUCAUUUAGGCUAUAACCAAAAUUAGUGGAAUAAGAAUGUCUUAAAAAAUUUUCUAAUGUAUCACGAAUUUUCUUUAAAGAAAAUUCUUUUCAAUAAGUAUACAUUUUUUAUAAACGAAUUUAUAUCUCAGUAGACAAUAUUUUGCAUUCCAUUUACCUCGAGCCCUAAAAUAAAAAUUUUCCGUCACGCACACAACCGUCCGUAUGUUAAAAAGAAAUCGAACUUUGUGAUAUUUUUUUAAAAAUUCAUUGAAAAUUUUUUAAGCGUGAAAAAAUAGAGACUAAAACGAUCUUAUUAAAAUAUAGAUAAAUAUGCAUAUUUACAUAAUAUGCAAUUUUUUAAGUAAUAUUUUGGAAAUAUUUUAUAAUAUUAAUUUAAAUAAUUUAUUUCCUCACUUUUUAAACUUAAGGCAAUGAUUUUUAAUCGAUAUUAAUUUGAGAAGAUCGUUUUAGACUCUGAAUAAAAAAAAAACAAUAAAAUAAUACGUUUGAAAAUCAAAUUUAAUUGUCUGAAUAAUUUAUGAUUUUACUAAGGGGGAAUUUGUAUUGAGUGGCUAAAACCCAGAUAUCUAAGGGGCUUGGGGUCGAUUCUCGUGAAAAGCAGCAGCCAAUUUCUCGAUUAAAUUUAACUCCUUUUAAUUUCAAUCAAUCAAGUUGAGUCCAUCAAGUGGCAUUCUCUUGUAAAUUUAAGAUUCGUUUCAUUUAAACAUUUCCAAAGCUUAAGGAGCACUGUACAUGAAAAUCUUUUAUUAUAUUCUUCAGUGGUUAAUUUUCAACUCAUUCUUUUUAAGGUUAUUAAAAAUUAUGACUACAAAUAUCAAAAAUUCUAAAUUCUAAAAAAAUUAUCAAAAUGAUUGGGGAUUUUUUUUAUUCUCUUUUCUUUUGGGGUGCGUCUUUACUGUAACAGUUAGAAAAAUUAUUAAAUAAGAAAAGGGGAACUGUGUGAAACGAUCUCGACUCUUUCGCAUCGAUAUUGUCUGGUGACCCCGUUAAUAUAUAUACAUUAUAUACAUAGGUUUUUCGCUCGCUAAAACGCUCACUCACACCCACUUGCACCCACACAUACAUAAGCCUAGUUCAGCGUUUGACUCUCGCUGAUUCGCUACUCGUUUGCUCACUCUUCCUUUCGGACGCAAGCGAAAGUAACAUCGAAAUAAAAACUUUGCAAACUGGUUUUUCAGGUAUCGCACUAAUGCUAAGGAGGUAGUCGACAGUGAUUGUCGCUCUAUUCCUCUAUUCCUGUCCCUUUUAACAUUUUUGUCCCUUUCAAUUCACAUACAAGAACACACUCGAGGUCAUUAAUCGAUAAAAAUUUCCAAUCUUUAUUUUUAUAUUCAUAUUUAAAAAAAUUUAAUUUCAUUUAAAACAUUAAUAUAUUUAAUUCUAAAUGUUAUUUUAAAAUUGAAAUAUUAAAAAAAAAUUCAAACAUUUAUUUUUGGAAAAAAAAUCAAAAAUUUCUGAUGAUUUAUGAAAAACUAGAAAUAUUUAAUCUUAUCGAAAGCCAGAUAGAGCAGUUCCAUUGAACAUUUAAUUUUGCUACAAUUUUCAGUCUAUCUGUGGCAAACAACACAUUACGCGACCUGACGUAAUAAAACUUUAGAUAAGAAUAAAAUAAUGUGUCAUGUACGUGAGAGUAAAUUUUUUUUUUUUUUGCAAUAAUUCAUAAACCUCUAUUCUAAAGUAAUGUCAAACAAAAAAUUUUCAAAGAAAAAAUAGAAUUUAUAAAAUAGAUAAAAAUGUUUAUCUUAUAAUUUUGUUUUCUUGAUUAAAAAAAUAAUUUACUUUUGAAAACAAAUUUAUUGUAUAUGUUCUAUAUCUCAUCGAUUUUGUUGAAGGUAAAUUUAAUUAAGAACACUUUUCUUCUUGCUAAUUUAAACUUCAAGUCUAAAUGUCGACCUAUUCUAAUAAUAGGUUUCUUAUUGUUGGUCUUUUUUUUAUCUCGAAUGUUUGUUCCACGUUUAAACUUAAAAAAACUUUUGUUUUUUUUUUGUUUUAUAUGUGAUCGCAAAACAAAAGGGAAUCUCGCGCCAUUUGAAAUUUUUCUGGCGAACUUCCAGAGAAAAACAAAGACAAAAAUUUUCACUCUUUAAUAGAUGACACUAAGUCUACGAAAUUUUACCUCUAAAACUAAAAUUACAUUCUUUUUCUAAAGUGUAAGAUAUUUAGAAGAACAAAAAAAAUUUUAUUUCGCAUAAACAUCUCUAAUAAAAUUUUAUGUAUAAAUCUAUUUUCUAUAUAAUUUUGCAAUCAUCAAUAUUUAUGAGUGUAUUUUAAAAAAAUGUAAUUUCAUGUUCCCCCCCCCCACCAAUAUAAAUCUCUGAAAUAUUUUCUAACCGCUUUUCUUCCGUGUGAUUAUUUAUUAUUCACGCAUUCCAGUGGAACGUUUUUUUUUUAUUCCUAUCCAAAGCUCAUGUAAAUUUUAUUCAAAUGUCAUGUUGAAUCCAUAGCUUGAGCGAAAUUAUUAAGUCAUUUAUCAAAUAAUUUUGCAUUGGACUUUUAAUUUAUUCCUCUUUCGUAAUAUUUAAAUAAACUUGCUAUUAUCGAAUUUAAAUUAACUUGUUCAAUAAGAACAUAUAAAAUUAAUUUAUUAACUUUUUAUAAUCAUAGAAAAGAAAAUAUUUUCUUUGUAUUCGCUUUUUAUUAAAAAAAAUUUGUUGAAUAAAAAAAAACAUAAUUUUCGUUAAUGAAAAAUUAUUUUGAAUUUAAAAUUUUGAAAUAAAAAAAAUUUCUAUGAAUAUUACUAAAAUCUAAAUUAAUUAAAUUUCUUAUCAUGUGAAAUUCAGAGCUCGUGCGGGAAGUAAUAUAUUGGUUAUUAUGUAAAUAAUAAGUCGAAUCAAUCAGAAUUUCUUCCUGUUUCGCUCUUUUCUUUAACGUGUGCGUCAUAUAAGUAAUGAUAUUCCGUGAAAGUGCAUCGUGACCCAAAGGUGCAUUGACCGAUGAAUAAUUUCGCGUUUCUCCCUUACGAAAAAAAAAAGAAAAAAUAUUUAUACAAAACCCUUAGAAAAUUGUUAUUAAUAAUUAUACAAAAAAAAAUUGCCCACUGAAGAAAAUAAAUAAUUUUAAAAACAUCUUAUAUCAAAAUGAAUUCUAAUUUUAUUAUAAAAAAAUAAUUCUAUUUUUCAAUUAUUGGGGAUUUUAUGAAUGUUGUCGUUUUUUUUUUUUUUUUUGUCUAUUGUGAGAAUUUUUUUUUUUCUAGAAAAAAAUACCUAUUUCUAAAGAUGCUGUUCUAAGGAAUUUUUUAUCGACAUCUUUUUUUGAGUGCUUCAAAUCAUCUCUCGUCACACAAUAUAAGAUCGAGUUAUUUUUACUUUUAUCGAUUAUGCUUUCAAUGCUAUAUUUCAUUUAAUAUUGAAAAAUUGCUGCUGAUUUUCACGCUAUAAGAACGCUUUUAAUAUGCUUGGAAAAGUAAACCUAGAUUUCUUAUCACAAGUAAAAGUAGUAAUUAUAGAUAAAGAGUGUUCUAAAGUAGAAAAGAAUCGUUUUAUAAGAAAAAAAAAAAAAAAAUUACGAAAAUCAAAUAAAAUAUCUCUAGCCCAUGAAAUAAUAAAUAUCAAUUUUUGCCAAAAAUCUUGCACGCUAAUUAUUUCUAUAAUUUUACAUAAAAAUCUAAUGUUCAUAAAAAUAAUUGUCAUUAAAAUGUAAAAUAUUUUUUUUUACAAUAUAUCAUUAUUAGCAUCAGCAAAAUUUUUGCCAAAAAAUACUUUCGAGUACAACUUUUAAAAAAUUAUAUGGGCUUUAGAUUGUACACUGGAAAAAAAAUAGUAUUGAAUCAAGAAAACCCUUUUACUUGUCCGUAUUUGAUUCAAUAUUUUCUUGAUCCAAGAAAAUUUUACUAAUUUGAAGUAAAUUUUCUUGAAUUAAGAAAAUUAGUUGAUCAAAUACGGAGAAGUAAAUGAUUUUAUUUAAUCAAUGAUACAUACUUUUUUUCAGUGUAGAAAAAAAAUACACUUAAAUAAAGUAUCAAUGCACUUUUUGUCAGUUAUAUGAAAUUUUUUUUCGCGACCUACGAUAUUCAGGCUGUGAAAAUGUCCGGGGAAGCGAAACAAUGUCGUUUAGGAAGUCUACUGAUUUUUUUUUUUUUUGCUAGUUUUUAGUGGAUAUUGUACAAUUAACGAUGCGUAUGUAUAAUUAUAUUAUAAAUCGAGAUGUGUAAAUGAAGUUGCGCACUGAUUUGACACUCUUGAGUGUCAUUAUUAUUAUUAUUAUUAUUAUUAUUAUUAUUAUUAUAAAUAUAUUACACUCACACACAAGCGCGCGCGUGCCAAUAUUACAUUGCAAAAAAAAGUUGUAUGAAAUUGCGAUUAAAAAAAAGUAAUGUAUAAAUACAAUUAUACUGCAAAGCUGUGAAUAUUUUCUUCUUUUGCAAUAAAAAAAAAAAAAAUCAUUAUUAAAAGCAAAGAUCAAACUUUUUUUACUCGUCUUAUCGUUCAAACAAUUUUCUACCGUGCGAGCGCCCUUGCGUGAAACAAUAAAGACUAAAUAUCAUUUUCGAUUAUACAUACAUACAUAUAUAUGUGUAUAUAUAUAGCCGGUCUCAGGAAUCUGAUUGUGACGAUUGUAAAAAAAAAAAAAAAAAAAAAAUGUAGGUAAGUCGCUAUAUACAGCAAAAUAGAAAAUAAAAGUUUAUUCCGAAAAUAUGCGUUUUUAAUAAUGGCUUGAUUAGAAUGAAAUUUUAAUUAUUCUUGUAAAUAAAAAAAUGUUCUGUGUUUUGUAAUAAAACUAAAACAUGAACCUUUUUAUAAAUAUUUUAAACGAAAAUAUGAAAGUACAUAUUUACCAUAUAAGUACAAAUUUAUUUUAUUAACUACUUUCGAACUUUUAAUAUUGAUUAAACAAAAAAUUAAUAUUUAUAUAUAUAUAUAUAUAAAAAAAAUGUCAUUCUACUCAAACCAUUGUACCCGGAAAACAAUAAACACGGCACUUGAAUGUAAAUUUUUCAGAGAGACAAUCUACAGCAGCGCAUUCUCGAGACAUUUUUAAAAUUAUAAUUGAGCUAAUGUAUUACGCAUGCGUACAUAAUAUCAAUUAUAGCCAUUGCGCAUGCGUAAUGCUUGAAAUGUUCAAUAAAUUUAAAGAAUGCGCGCAAGAUUUGUGUUUAUCCUAAAUAAUGCAUUUCUCUUAUACAUAAUAUACGUGUCCAUAAUAAUAAUAAUAAUCGUUGGUAUUUAAAAUAAUCAUUAGAAAACCGUUUAUGGAACGGAGAGAAGAGAUUUUACUUUAAUGAAAGUACAUUUUUGUACUCACUAAAAAAGUAGUGAGAUUCACUAUAAUGUCAAAAUGUACUAAACGAAUUGUUUGUUAAAAAGCCGAUAGAUGGAACUACUAUCGGUAAAUUUUAUUACUAAACAAAAAAAAAAUAUUUUUAUUCAGUAUACGCUCUUCUCUCCGUGAAAUUUAGAAAAAAUCCUAUACUAUAUCGAUUAACUUAAUGGGUCUUUAUACAAUCAAACCUCGCACAGUAACGAAUUGCUGUAAUUUUCCCAUUAUGAACUUUGCAAACAGGCGAAUUAUAGUAAAAGAAAAAAUUAUUUAAACUUAUAUAAAUUAUUAAAAGAAAUAUUGUUUAAGCUAUUUGGAUACACAACAAUUAUUGUUUUUUUGUUACUGAUUGUUAUAAUAUUUACAUUAUUAAAGUGUGAAAUGAUUUAAACACUAAAGUCGUUAAAAUUUUGUUAUUGUAAAAUAUGAUCAGCGAAUUAAAUUUUCACUUUAGUUUAAACUACUUUUUAAAUUUCCAUAAACUUGUGAAAAGUACAGAAGCUUCAGUCAACAAAUUUUUUCUCUGAAGUUCUUCUUCAUUUUCAAAAAGUUCCCUACUUAAAGAAAAACUCGUUAAUUUGAGAAUUCGUCAUUGUGCGAGGUUUAACAGUAUUUAAAAAAAAGCAACUGGUAAUGGGAUAUUGAUAUUACUGAAAUAGAUAUAAUAAUAUUUUAAAUAGCAAAAAAAUUUUAAUUGCAAUAAAAAUUUUACAAUUAAUAUUUAAAAUUUAUUGCAAUCAAUAUUUUUUAAUUUAAUGAAAUAUUUAAAAAUCUAUUUACAGUAUAGGGAAAAAUGUCGAUAUCCCGUGGAUGAUUGUAAUAUGAAAAAUUAAUGUACAAAAGUAUAUAUAUAAGCAAAAUUAAGAAACACAAACACACAACACGAUUAACAUUGUCAUGAUUAAGACACUCAUACACCGUACGCUAUCUGCGCGGGUUCAUUAAGAAUAUCUAAUUUAAAAAAAAAUGAUUGGCAAUAUUUCCAAAAAUUCAUCAACUGAAUUCAAAUAUUAAAAUAACAAGAAUUUAAUAAAAAUGAUCUAUUAAAAUAUUACAAAUGCAGUGAAAAUGUCGCUUUGUUCGAAUGACCCAUAUUUCUUAAAUUUUAAAUAAUAAACAUGUCGAAAUUUUCACUGAAUAAAAUUAUUAUUACUCUCCAAGGGAAUCAUAUAAAUAUAUAUAUGUAAAUCACGGUAAAGCCACAAGGAGAAUUGAGAAAGACGAGAAAAAAAUUGAAUUUAAAAAAAAAGAAAAAAUGAAACAUAUGUAAUGGUGAAUGAAAGAAAGAAAAUUUCACGAAAUUAUCAUUAUUCCGACAUUUCGGCAAAGGUUAAACUACAUUUUAUGUGAUAUAAUUUUAAUUGACUUGUGAUAUAAACGAUGUGAUCUCUUCUUUCCUAAAUCUGAAAACAAAGAAAGUCACGCAUAUCAAGAUAGUUUUGAGUGCCGAAAUACUUGCUUUUAUAUGAGUUGCCAAAAAUAUGGAUCUCCAAUAUAAUUUGCACAGAAACAAUUCUAUUGUACUUCGAGAUUAACUUUAUGGCAUUUAAAAUAUAAAAAUUCAAAUAAUAAGUCCAAAAAAAAAAAUUUAUUUUGGCACCUUUUUUUUACAGUGAAUUCAAUAUAGAAAUGGAUUUUUUUUUGUAUAUUAAACGAUGUGUAGGUUUUCAGAAAAAGAAUAAUGAAGACAUUACUUUUUUUCCAGCACGUAACAGAGUGAUCAAAAACGUGUGAGAGUACUUAUUUUAAAAAAAAAAAAUAAUUUGUUUAUAUUGUUAGAGUGUGACACUCCAACUCUUAACACAUUUAAAGUAUGUACCUAAGAAGUGGGAUCAGAGUAGAAAAAGCGACUUUGAUAUAUAUAUAUAAUAUAUAUGUAGAAUAUUUGCUUCUCGAUUCUAAAUUCAAGACUGUCACUAAAAUUUAAGGCAAUGAACCAAUAAAGUAACUCCGAAAUUUUCAAAACAUUUCCUAAAAAAAAACACCUUUCUAAAAUUGAAAAAAAAUUUCUUUAUUGUAAAGAAAUCAUUUUGGAGCUACUUGGACAAAUAAUAUAUAUAUUUAAUGUCGAUGAAACGAAAAGACUAAUAAAUUUUGAUUGAAAAUAUGUAUAAAUUAAUCGUUUCAUUGGCAAUAAUAAAAUACCAUAUUUCUUCUUUAUUACACGAAUUUUAAAGUAAAUGAAUAGAGAUAGAGAAGAAGUAGAUUGUGUUUAAUCGCUAGAUUAAUUGUCCAUGGAAUAAUUUCCUAAAUAUUUUGUUUUAUUUCUAUUUUAAAAUUCACACCAAUGACUCUCCUAAAGUAUUCCAGUUUUUUCCCUCUUCUUUUUAACUGUUUUUUUUUAGUAAUUAUUUUUUGUACGGAAGAAUAAAUCCAAGCAUUUUUAGAAACUGGAAAACGCAAUUGUCAUCGCUCUCAAUAGAAAAAAUAUAUAUAUGCAUAUAUAGUAGUGUUGUUGGGGGAGAAUUGGAAUUCGCGCCUGAAAUGUCACGGACGCGCGUCACACACAGUUACUGUAAUUAUUAUUCUGUACCUCACAUAUCGGGAAAAAAAAAUAGAGAUACAUUGGCCAAAGCGACGCACGCGCACGGAAAUUAAAGUAAUUAAAAUAAAACUUAAUUAAAUUAAAGUAAAUUACACCAUUUAUUAAUUGCAGAUGAAUCUAUAAGGAUAAUCAUUAUUAUUAUUAUUAUUAUCGUAAUGCUACUGUUUAAACUUAACAUUAUCCACGUUUGUAUAUUAAGAAGAAAAACAGAAAAAAAGAUAGUGUGUGUGUGUGUGUGUGUGUGUGUAUUCGAGAGAGACAUUUAGAGUGAAACAGAGAAAAUGUUGUGACGUAUAUAUACAUGUCACAAAAAACGUUGUCAAGAGAAAAAAAGGAUCACCGGGCGACAAUUUGAUUUUUUUAAUUUUUUGACUUGCCCGUGGAUAGAUAUUUAUAUAUACAAUAUAUAUGUAUACGUAUGAAUAUAUGUAUAUAUGUAUAUUCAUUUAUAUACGUAUAUGCAUAUAUUGUUGUAUGUAAAAGAAACAUUAUAAGAUUCAAAUAUGAAUAAAAUGUGAAAAAUAAAUAUCACUGUAAAUGCCGAUA